AUGUCCACCAAGAAAAUCAUCGCCAUCGUCGGCGCCACGGGCACCCAAGGCUCCUCAGUUGCCCACACAUUUCUAGAUCUGCCCAAUUGGCAUGUCCGCGCUCUGACGCGGACGCCAAUUUCCGCACAAGCCCUAGCCGACAAAGGUGCGGAGGUAAUUCAGGCCGACCUAAACGACCCAGAUUCUCUCUCCCGUGCCUUCAAAGACGUACACGCCAUCUUCUUGAACACCGACUUCUGGGCACCCUUCCGCGCCGCUCUGGCAUCAGGGAUAGACCACGAAACGGCCUGCAAAAUCGGGUACGACACUGAAGUGACAAAUGGCAGAAAUGCCAUCUCCGCUGCGGCGAAGGUCCCCACGCUCGAACGAUUCAUCUAUUCGGCCCUGGGACCAAUGAACCGCGCCUCGGGCGGGAAGUAUCCAGACUCGCACCACUGGGAGACGAAGGCGUUCCUGGUAGACUAUCUCAAUGACCAGGAGAAGGAGCUGGCGACCAAAACCUCGCUUAUCUAUAUCGGCGCAUAUCUGCACAACCCGUUCCUGUACCCCAAGCCACAGAAAGAAACCGGUGGGGCAUAUGCGAUGGUUAUACCAGCCAGCAAGCAGAUGCGGAUGCCGAUUAUCGACACCGCGGUCUCGACGGGUCCGUUCGUGCGCGCUUUGGUUGAGGAUGAGGCGCCGCGGACGAAACUGCUUGCGUACGAUGAGUAUCUCACUCUCGAGCAGAUUAUCGAGGUUUGGGAGAAGGUUACGGGAAAGAAGGCGGCCUUCGUGCAGAUGGGUCUGCAGGAGUUGCACGAGAUGUCCGGUGUGCCGCUCGAGAUUCUGUAUGCACCUGCGUUUCUGGAUGAGUUUGGGUAUUGUGGUGGGGUUGACGGGGUGAUUGAGCCGGCGCAGUUGAAGGCCAAGGUGAACGUGAAGACGUUUGAGGAGUCGAUUAGCAGGUUGGAUAUGGAUUUUGUGCUAGGACUUCAGGGUAAAUAG